CUGCAUACGGAGGCUCUGCCCUGCUGCUGCUGUAGGGCUGGAACAUUCCUGCUCUGACGAGCUGCUGAGCAAUAUGAUCCCCUCUCUCUCUCUCCGUGUGUGUAGAAAAAGACAGUAGUAGUAGUAGAGAGAGAGUGAACUUGUGCAGGGAGAAGAGAAGACAUAGUGAAACAGUUAGACGAGUAGUGUUCACUUACUACGAACUUCACCGGGAUCUGAAGGUUUGAGUACGUACUUUGACUCGGCGGCGGUCACGCGUCUGUACGUCCUGGACAGAAAGUGAGCGAAACGGCAUAUCGUUACUUCUUUUCCCCCCGUUGUUUUGCACUUUGCGCCCGCGUCUAAUGGAGGGCCCCGUACGGAUCUGCCAUCAAGAGAAUGUGUUUCACUGCUAGAGUGUCCGGCUGCCCGCAGCUUUUGCCCUCCUGUAAAAGGUGUGGAGUGUGUGUGGAGGGGGUGUGUGUUAGGCCCCAGGUUAGUGCACAGAGGUGAAACAGCGUCAUGGAGGACGGUGGCCUGAGAUUAUUGUCCGCUGUGCUGUGUGUGUGCCAUACCCUCCUCCUCAACUGCCCAUCUGUUCUGUCUCUCUCUUUUCGUGUGGAGCCUCUCUCUGUGGUUCAGAAACAGGGCGAAGCGGUCCACCUGCGUUGUACAGCACGUCCAGCUACAGCCAGACUUAGCUGGCUCUUUCAGGGUCAACCGCUAGACCCCAGCCACCAGUCUGGAGUGGAACUUAGUCCAGGCUCCAUCUCGCUGUCAUCCCUCCAACCGGCUCUCACAGGCUCCUACCAGUGCUUGGCUCACUCAGAGACAGGCUCCAUCAUCAGCCGGCAUGCACGAGUGCUCAUUGCAGAUAUUGAGGAGUUUGCGGAGACCCAUCGAAGAUCAUUUACUGUAAAUAAGGGAGACACUGCUGUUAUCGAAUGCCCACUCCCUCAAAGCAAUCCGCCUGCUCUGCCACGCUUCCGGAUACGGGGGAAAUGGCUUGAACAGUCUACAGACGAAUAUUUAAUCCUGCCCUCCGGGAACCUUCAGAUUGUGUCAGUGUCUUCAGAUCAUCAGGGCAUGUAUAAGUGUGGUGCUUAUAAUCCUCUAACCCGAGAGACUCAAGUAGAGGCUCAUGGCACUAAACUCAUAGUCAAAGAUUCAGAAGGCUCUUCACCUGUAAGGAUUGUCUAUCCCAUCACUCCUAGCAAUCUUACAGCACACCAAUCUGGAUCUCUGACCCUUGAGUGUGUCGUAUCAGGAAGCCUUUCUUCUAAAGUCAAAUGGAUUAAAGAUGGGGCGGAGCUUUCAUUGAGCUCCAAAUGGAUGUUGUUGCAUAGCAACCUGGUUUUGAAUGACAUUCAAAUGAGUGACGGAGGACAUUAUUGCUGCUCUGUUCUGACUGACCGUGGAGCUGUGGUCAGUGUCAACUACACUGUGAAUGUGCUUGCGCAAGUAAGUGUCCUGCAAGGUUUGUCAGAUCAGGCUGUGACUGUGGGCUCCUCUGUGAGAUUUACCUGUGCUGCCAGUGGUAGUCCAACCCCCAACAUCACAUGGCUCCACAACUCCGCCCCUCUUUCUUCUUCAUCCCGGCUUCAAAUCUCUGGCCUCUCCCUUCAUAUAUCUUCAGUAAUGGUUCAAGAUCAGGGAAUCUACCAGUGCCUGUUUGACAAUGGUAUUAGCUCUGCACAAUCGGCGGGAAGACUCAGUGUUCAGUCAGAACCCCAGUCUAGUUCCAUGUCUGGAGCUCCCAUGGAGACGCAGCCUUCUGUCCAUCCUAUCCAGAGCGAUGAGGGUGAUGAACUUGGAGAAACUAUAGGACCGCCAACUGAAAGAAUCAAUGACAAACCUACGCCAGAAGCACCAAUCAUAAUCAGCCCACCGCAAACGCACAAACCCAACAUGUAUGAUCUAGAGUGGCGAGCAGGUCGAGACUGGGGCAUCCCUAUCAACGCGUACUUCGUAAAAUACCGCAAGGUGGACGACAUGGGGAAUGUGGUGGGGACCUGGCACACAGUGCGGGUACCAGGCAGUGAGAAGUCUCUGCCCCUGUCUGAGCUGGAGCCGUCCAGCCUGUAUGAGGUUCUGAUGGUGGCCCGCAGUGCUGCAGGAGAGGGUCAGCCCGCCAUGCUGACCUUCCGCACUGGAAAGGAGAGAAGUUCCCCCAAUAAGAACCCCUCCAAGGCUCCAAUUGUGUCUCUUCCAGAGAAAACCUUGGAAGAUAAAACCACUAACACUUAUUAUGGAGUGGUUAUACAUGACAGAGUUCCCGAGGCCCCAGAUCGCCCAACUAUCUCUAUGGCGACAGAAAGCUCUGUCUAUGUCACAUGGAUCCCACGAGCCAAUGGUGGCUCUCCAAUCACGGCCUUUCGAGUGGAGUACAAGAAGCAAGUCCGCAGUGGUGACUGGAUCGUCGCGGCCGAUAACAUCUCACCACUUAAACUGUCUGUGGAAGUGCGGAACCUGGAAGCAGGUUCCACGUACCGUUUCCGUGUCAUUGCCAUGAAUAACUAUGGUGAAAGCCCUGCUAGCGCCACCUCCAAGCCAUACCAGGUGUCACUGUCGAAUCCACCCGUCUCAAACCGUCCGGUCGCUGGCCCACACAUCUCUUCCACUGACGCUGUCAGUGAUACUCAGAUAAUGUUACGCUGGACUUACACUCCCUCCAUCAAUAACAACACCCCCAUCCAGGGAUUCUACAUCUACUAUCGGCCAACAGACAGCGACAAUGACAGUGAUUAUAAGAGAGAUGUUGUGGAAGGCUUCAAAUACUGGCAUAUGAUUGGUCAACUCCAACCUGAGACGUCCUAUGACAUCAAGAUGCAGUGCUUUAACGACGGUGGCGAGAGCGAAUAUAGUAACGUAAUGAUCUGCGAGACCAAAGCCCGACAACCUCCAGGUGUGCCCAGCCAGCGCCCCAUAACCCCUCCAGGGUUCUCCCCUGUAGAUACACCCAGCCAGCCGGGCGGCCUGCUCUACCUGAUCGUGGGCUGUGUUCUGGGCGUCAUGGUGCUCAUUCUGCUGGUCUUUAUCGUCAUGUGCUUGUGGAGAAACCGUCAGCAGAACAGUCUUCAUAAAUACGACCCUCCAAGUUACCUGUACCAGUCUGCGGAGAUGAACGGUCAUGUUCUGGAAUAUUCCACACUGCCUGGCUCCAGCCAUGUGAAUGGAAGCGUGCACACGGGCUGUGGACACACCGCUCCCAUGAUGCCCCAGGCCUGCCAUCACCUACACCACAAAUUGCCGAAUGGUCUGGCUUUGCUGAAUGGAUCGGGAGCCCUCUACCCUCCUGGGCAUCCUCACGCACAUGACACCUCUCUGCCCCAUAACACCAUGGAGUACGAACACCCACACCCUCAUCACCUUCAUAACGGAGGAGGAAUAUACACGGCUUUGCCACAGAACGACUCGUCGGACUGCAUGAGCUGUCAAAACUUCUGCAACAACAACAGGUGUUACACGAAAACCAAUGGCACUUUCUCGGGCGGCACUCUCCCCCUAAUGCACCGCGUGGCAGCGCGCCAACCUGACGGGCUCGAAAUGAUGCCCCUCAACCCUGUUUUGUCUCGCUGCCAUGGACGUGACAGCCCACAGCUCAACAGCUCCCAGGAGAGAGAUUCAGCCGAAGAGGUGGAGAAGGGCAAGGCUCCACCCCUUUCCCAGAAUUCCCCUUGUCUGCCUGUGGAAACAAAGUCCACCCUCGAGCAGCAGAGAGGAGUUCAGCCCGUGCAACAUGAAGACUCAGAGGGUCCUGUGGUGUGUUGGGAACGGCUGGGACUGCCUGAUCUGGACUGUAAGGAAAAAACAGCCUGGAUCUCUACUGGAAGCUUGACUGGAGAUCUCAUCCAGCCUACAGUGCAGGAGAUCUGAACACAUUUAUAGCAGAAAACACUUAUCAAAUGUGCAUACACUCUAAAGACAUGAAAGAGCAUGAGAGAAAUUGGGAACAGGAACAUGGACACAUUUGUAAAAAGGAAAUGGCCAGUGAUGGAAUGGUCAGAGACAUUGUGUGACUUGAAGUGGACACAGAACUGACUGCUUACAGAGCUGGAGAAGACUGACGAGGGAAAGUAGGAUGGAAAUAAAUAGAAAGAAAAGAAAGAAUGACUUUUAUGCAAGGAUGGUGGAAAACCUAAAGGCUGAAACGAUCCCAUUUGUGGGAGGACUUUUAAAAGUAAAAGCAAAAACUCUUUAGAUGACUUAUUUAUUUUUUUGUAGUAGUAAAAUAUUAUUUCAUAUGAAUGUAUCUGUUGUAAGAAAAAGUUUGUCUUUUAUAUUAUUUAUGCUUUUUUUUUGAUGAGAAACUUAUUUUUUGUUGUUUAUUUGACUAUAUUUUUUGUUUGUUCCACACAGUGUGGAGUUUAGCCAUUGUAUGUGUAAAGUUUUGUUAUAAUAUAAAGAGAAGAUUAAGUA